AUGUCUACAUUUGAAUUACCUUCUUCAGCUCAAGCCAUUCAAGAACAACUCCUUGGCGGUUUUGUCUCAAGAAAGCUGCUUCUACACAACCCAUUUGACCAAAAAAUCCACCGAGCCCUUGAGAUCGCACCAACUCCUCUCAUAAACCAUGACAACAACCUCAGUGGAAAUGUCCUGAUGCUUCUUUCAGUCCUCAUCUGUGGCGUCAUCUGCUGCAUCGGAUUACAUUACAUCAUUCGUUGUGCAUUCAGACGCUCGUCAAGUUUCAUGAUCUCCGAGCCUAUCUCUAGUCUUUCAACACCAAGAGGUUCACCAAACAAAGGAAUCGCAAAGAAAGCUCUUGGGAUGUUCCCGGUCGUGAGUUACUCACCUGAGAUGAACCUCACGGGGCUUGGUGAAGAGUGUGUCAUCUGUUUGUCAGAUUUUGUUUCCGGUGAGAAGCUCAGGCUGCUCCCUAAGUGCAACCAUGGGUUCCAUGUUCACUGCAUUGACAAGUGGCUUCAACAACAUUUGACUUGUCCUAAAUGCAGACACUGUCUUGCUGAGACAUGCCAAAAGAUCUUAGGUGACUCCAGUCAAGUAACAGCAACACCAACAGAGAGUGUGAUUGUCAGAAUUACUCCUCUACAACCUGAAGGAAGAGUAAACAAUUUUAGAGAAAGCAGCUAG